AAGAUUCCUUCUCCCAGCCGCUUUUUAAAAAGUAGGCCGCAGCCCUGUCCUCGCAUCAAACAUCAGUUGUUUCAUCCUCGAUUCGCCCUCCCUGCGCAUAUCCACAAACCCCCGCACCAAUGGCUUCCCGUCCCCUCCUCGGUUUCUUGGGCCUGUUCUUCCUGGCCGGCGGCAUCCUGCUGCAAUUCCUCGUCAUCCUGUCCGGCGGUGUCCACGGUUCUAUAGAGGACCAAAUCUACUUUCUGCAAGCCUCGACCUCUGGUAUCCCAGCGGCUCGGAAUCCCUCGCGAUGGACCUUCUGGUCCAUCUGCGGCAGAGACCCUUCGAAUGGCCACAACACCAACUACGGCUCGCCCGUGCCCGCCCUGCCUUUCGACCCGCCGCGUAACUUCCACACUCGGACGAAUAUCCCUCACCAGUUCAUCGGCACUCACCGCUUUUACUAUCUCUCGCGCUUCAUGUUUGCCUUCUACCUGAUCGCUCUCUUCUUCGCCGCCAUUGCCCUGUUCACCGGCCUGCUCGCCCUCUGCAGCAGGCUCGGCGGCUACAUCUCGGGCUUCAACACGUUCCUCGCCCUCUUCUUCCAGACCCUCACUGCUGCCCUAAUGACCGCCUGGACCGUCAUGGGCCGCAACCACUUCCGCUCAAACGGCCAGACCGCCCGUCUCGGCGUUAAGGCUUACGCCUUCACCUGGACCGCCAUGGCUUGCUUCCUCAUUUCCACCAUCCUCUUCUGCAUUGGUGGCUCCUCCGGCCGCAAGGACUACACGACGACGCGCACGAGUGGCGGCCGCUUCGGUCGUAACCAGAGCGUCCGCUCGCGCGGCAGCAUUAUCGACACGGAGAGCCAACACCGCGUCAAGGACGACUAUUCUUAAAUAAUUCCACGCGUCUUAGGGAUGCUGCGGGAGAUUAAUACCCGCGUGUAAGAGGGGGUUGUGAAGAAAAUUUACAUGAUACCACGGCCUGGAACUGCCUAGGCAGACUUCUAGCCAAAAUGACUUAUGAUGACAGACUGCCAUAUGUACAGGAUCCCGAUUUAUGAUUAGCGAUUUUUCAAGCGGCAUGGUCUCCUUAUCUUUGGUUUCAUAUUUGCUUUCAUGGCGUUAUACUCUGUUUAGUUAUACCUUAAUGUGUAAGAAACGAUGCAUUGAAACCAAAACUGAAGGCUUAAAUAAAUUUAUACAGUAACGUCCGUCACCGU